CUCCCUCCCUCCCUCCCUCCCUCGUCUACCUUCUCCUCUCAGUCCAUCCCUCUUCCUCCGCCGUCCAUCUGUCUCCAUCCCGAUGCCUCUCUCCCACGUCCCGCGUACGAUACAAGCGGACGGAGGGUUCAAGGUGCGAGCGAGAAGCAAAACAGAGACGUGAAAAAGGGGGGGGUCAAAGGUCACGCAGAGGAGGCAGACGCAGAGCAGACCAGAGAAACGCGCUGGAUAAGCACAAAAUCAUCUAUACUUCGCCUUCCGGUAGCAGUCAUAUGAAUUUUUAAACCCUGCAGAAUGUUCUUAUCAAAUUGUAGAAGCGAUUGCAGCGCCUGGUUGCCUGGACACGCGUGGACUACAUCAUCUAGGAGACGGGAACCAGUGGUCACAUCAGCCCUGAUGUUUGUGAGCUGGGAGAGGAAGUCGGUGUGCGUUUGGUGGCAGCAGGGGCAGCAGCAGCCAGGUGGAGGUGCUGAAUGAUGAACGACUACUAGAGGCUCUCCCAUUAUCAUAUCUGUCCCCGCUCUUAACAGAGCAUUUUCAUCCGUGUCCCUCUGCGCUCCUCUCAUCUCUCCCUCCCUCGCGCUCAUUGUGCUCCCCAGGAAGGCGAUCGAUUUCACCUCCAUUACCUCGGUCCACUCAGCUCCGUUUUGAAGACGCUCCUCGCUCACAAUGAGAUCCUGUGUUGUUGUUUUUUUUUUUUACAUGAUUGUUUAGACGCGGCUUCGAUGCGGCUCGCGGUUCGACCGGCGGACGCGGACUCACGCGGGGUCCCGCCCGGUUACCGCACGACGGUCACGUGACCCCGCCUCCUGGGGGAAUUUGCAUAAAAGACAAAUAAAAGGAGGCCACCGAAAACACACCGGUCUGUCCUCCUUUCUUUUACAGAAAAGGAACAAAUCCAUUCCGCCUAAUUCGAACCUUGCUCAGGGACAGCUCGCGUGGCAGAUUGCAGCCUAAUUAGUUUAGGGGGAAUUUAAUUCAAUUAACUUUCCACAGCUCCGCGCGCCCCGCCGCUGGGCUGCUUUCAGAGCGCGGGGCCAGAGCUCGAGAUCUAAUUAGCGUGUUUGGAGAAGCUCUCCUGCGCGCGGCCAUCCCUCGCUGCUCCAGCUGUGCUGUGCUUGUGAGUGUGCGGUGUGUGUGCACCGUGGUCUCCCGGGACCAGGUUUUUUUUUUUAUCCUAAAAAGCUUCUUUUUAAAGUAACAUGCCGCGGUCCAUUAGGAUAAUACAGGUCCGGUGCCGCAGUGGGGAGAUGUAUGCAGCAUGCGAAUAACCGCAGCUGCUCUGCGUCAUUUUCUGGCUGAUGAAUGCACGAUUUGAUGGGUUCAAACAGGAGAACGUAGCUUUUGGUGCGUCCUCCAUUGUAACGUUUCUGAACACACCUGAAUGUACAUGAUCACAGCGCCCAACACUGAGCAAACUCCUUAAGUGUAAUCAAGACACGUGGACGUACGCUACGGCGCGUGAGAAGAACAAAAUGGAACAAAAAGAAGAAAUAUUGUUAAUUUUUAAGCAAUGUUCUGAGGUUUGGUGGGUGUUUUAUCCACAGCUGCAAAGUUCUACACAGUUUCAUAAAAUAUACAUCCAGUGUGAUCUACAGCGUUAUUAUAUGAAACUAUUAGUAAUCAGUACAUGUAAUCGGCCCGCCGUUAACUCGCCGUGAUUUGGAGCGUCAGCGCCGCCUGACUGACUCGAGCUCCUACCGCGCGGCACCCGCCGCUGCCCCCGUUCCAACUCCGUCACGGGGCCGCCGCCGUCUCCAGCCCGAGCGUCACGCCACAUUCCAGUAAUUGGGGAUUGAAAUGCGGGGACCGACGGGACCCCCCUCCCCGGCCCGCGGCCUCUCGCGCCGGCUCCCAUCCAUCACCGGGCAAAUCAAAUGCGCACCGCCCGCCACCGCCGCUGCAAAGACGCAUCUGAUGUUAACGGCGGGAUCUGCGAUUUUUGAUUUUAUUUUAUGUGCAAUCAAAUCCACCUCCGAGGGGAGAGGCUCUUAAGAGGGGCGAUGACACGACACAUUUCAGUGACACUGCCUGCGUAUGCGCGCGCUGGCCUUUAACGCAGCACGCCAUGAAGGCAAAAUGGAGCAAAUGAAAAAGUAUGCAUCUUAAUAGUUUGAUAAGUUGGAAGAAUAAUGUAUUUAUUUAAAGUGUAGAAUUAUAUUAUUAAUUUAAACAAGAUAGAAUAAUUCAAUUUUGCAAAACUUCUCAAAUAAUAAAUAAACAUAAUAUAUAUUAGACGAAAUAAAUAAAAUCCAGUCAUACUUUUUAUAUUACAGGUGUAAAGAAAAAAAUAUCAUUGCAAAUGUAAAUUUAAAGGUACUUAAUUACUCCGUGUUGACCUGAUUUACCUAUUUAAAAUAAGAAAAAUCACAUUUAAAUUCUAAAGCUUUGUCACAUUAGUUAUAAUGUGAUCACAAAGACUCGAGCAGUGAUGAGUUUAUGCUUCACAGAUGAAACUCAACGUGGCCACAUGUAUGAGACCAGUGGCGCUGACUUCAAUUAACUUCUAACAGUAGAAACAGUGGAGUCUCUGUGUGGUAACACCAUAAGCCGCGCGUACCCUUCGACAAAGACCGGGUUCUUUGCAGAACCGAGGAUCAAUACGACCCUCGGCACAUUUGCUGUGUGUUCUUCUUCGCACCCUGAUGAUGGAUGGAUGCGGGCCCCGCUCUGACUGACAGCUUCGCUUGGAUCUCGGACCACCGCCGCGUGUCGCGGGACAGACACCGCACUGGGCCUCCCGCGUGGCUUUUCCUCGAACCACUGGCCCAUCCUUAACUCAUCCCUUAUCCCCUGUCUCUAUCCAGACCCCUCCGUCUCUCUAUCAGGGCCGUGCAGCCAUCGAUCACCGAGCAGCGCUUCCACGCAGCAGCCUGCGCCAUCACCCUGACGCGCACGGACCUUGUACUUUGUACUUUGUUUGCGCACAAAGCGGUGUCUAUAAUAUAUGUGACCGUAGCAGGAAAAGACAAAUGAGCGGAGAAGGAACAAAUGAUGGGAGCUUAAUUAAGAUCAUUAAGAUAAAUGUGUUUUCUCUCUAUGCAGCGUAGGAAAAAUGUGUCCCUUGGGAAAGAGAAAGGGAAAUUUAUUAAUAAUAUUAUUCAUAUUUAUUGUUUUAAAAGCGUGAACUAUGAUAUAAAACGAGUCAAAUUCAUUAACCAGUGCAAAAAUAACGACAACACCAAACACCAUAAAUUUUAUUAUUUUUAAUCAAAAUUAAUUUUACUUAAACCUUCGUAGCUGCUACAUGUCUUACAUUUUUAACCACGCCCAUAUUAACGCUAUUGUUUUAUCUCCUAAAAAGAUGCAUAUGUUGUUUAAUAAUUUUGAUGAUGUUCUAUGUUUUUAAUUUAGUGCCUAAAGAUAUCGCUAACGAUGUGAGAUACCCCCUUAAUGUUGACUCAAUCACAGCCCUGGUUAGAAAGAGUCCGCAUGUUAAGCGUCCAUAAAGUUUCCCUAAUGGCGGAGUUCUCCGUGGGCCUAUAAUCCCUAUAGUCGGGGUCCCUCUCUCAGGGGCCCUCAGGAGCCUCUAGGGGACCAUUGUGCCCUCCACUGUUGACUCAGACGUCAUGAAUGCCAAAGCUUCCCGUUACUGUUUCCGUCAAAUCGCCCCAUAAAUGUAAAAGUCCAAAGUGAAAGCCUCCGCAGAGGAGAGGUCUCCCCCUGCGCUCGAGCACUAUAGGGCGGAUUAGUGGCCUGGAGGAGCCCGGUCGCCGCUUUGAAGGGAUUAAAGUUUAAACUCUUAAAGGCGGUCGAGCUAGGGUCGCUCCUGGUUGCUCUUUUCCGGGAGGCAAAAACGGCCUGGAGAGUUUAACUUUGAAACUGUUUAAGAUUCUAGGUAAACUAACCUCUGAUCCCUUCAGACCGGACGGGACAGAACAGACGGUCCGGCCUGAGAGCGGGGCGCUGACUGGUUAAUAUGGAAAGUUCAAAAAUGCACAAGGCGUAUCUGAUCCCGUAGAACAAUUACACGUUUGUUUUGACCGUCGUUUCCUUUUUUCUAAAUUUAUAAUAAAAGACAUUAAAAGCACAUAGCAUUUGAGUUAUAGUGCAAAUCCAGUGUUUGCAGGUUGGAGCGAAUCAUUUAUCCAAAUAGUAUUUUCAUAAACUAUUGGUUUGUUUUAUCCGCAGACUAUAAACCACAGCAUGUCGACUAGAUAUGAACUAUGACUUAUAGUAUAUUAUAACACGAGUCCAACGUUAUUUCAAAAUAAAAAUAUUCAAGAGCUGUAGAAAAAAAAAUCACCCAAGACACGAGAAUAGACGUGUGUGGCCUAGAACUAACAGCUGCUUUGUAUGCUUUCAUAUAAUUCUAAAUGAACGCUCGUUGAGCCUGAGGUCGAGACGAGGCAGGAGCAACAAAGAGAGCGAUGCUCCAUCAGAACCAGGGCACUCGCGCCAUCAGCACCGAGCACCGCCCCGCCCUCCACGUCCCCACCUCACUCUAACCACACAAUAAACACUUUAAAUAAAUCUUAUUAUUAAAAGGCCUACCUAUUUGUAGUUUAAGUGAGUACAGGCCGGCAAACGCGCGCGUGCGCGCACGUGCGCGACGGGUUAACGACAUUAUGGCGCAUCUCUGCAGCCUCUGGUCAAGCUGAAAUAGAAAGCGCGCACUUUAAGGCAAAACUGGGCAUUUUAAGAUAAUUCACUUAUGGGUUCGUGUACAGCGUAACUGCGGUUCAAGGAUUAUGCUGUUUUGAUUAAAGUUUCUUCUAAUUAAACGUCUGUUAGUUUCACGGGGGGAGAGUCUGGAAUCCAGGUUGUUCGGGAGCAACAGUUCUAGAAUCCGGAUGGCGCGUGUGCCCGUUUCAAGAUGUGCGCGCGUGCGUGCGUGCGUGCGUGCGUGCGUACGCGCGCGUCAGGGGCCGAGUGGGAUAUGACUUAUCACAUUGUACGACACCGAACAAUAAACUUAAACCAAUUUAUGAAGCGUCAAUGCGUUUAUGGUUAGCCUGUCGCGGUUGCUCACACGUCUCCGCAGCCGGUUGCCCCUCUCCCGUCCUAUACAUCAAACUGACGCUCGCUCUAGUGACAUCUCCGUGAAAGUGAUCGGAAUCAAAUCAGAGCUUUUAAUCUCAGCAAUCACCGUCACAUCUGGACGUUUCCCCCCACAUAAAGACUUCUGUGCAGCUGCGGUUGUUUCCAGCGCUGGUGAAAUAGCACUGACCAGACCAGGGCGUUUGUGCUCAGAUGCCUUUUAGUCGCCCGUGUAGAUGAAUUACAAAAAUUACAGUGAAUGGCGUCAUUCAGGUUGAUGCUGAUUUAGACUCUACGGCUGUUUUUAUUGUGCUUGUUGUAUUUUAUUGAUACCUUUUUCAACACAAGGAGGGGAGAUGUACUUUAUAUAUUACAUACUUUGUUGUAACUUUACUUUAGUUACCAGUUGAACACUGCUUCAGUCUGAAAUCAAGGUUAAGUGAAAAACACAGACUCACAAAGACCCACUUUGAAUUUGUGAGGCUUAAGGAAAAUAAAGUUGGGUGAGUUUAAACUCAUAACAACUCUAAUGGAGUAUAUUUAAACCGUUGCGCUUGAUUCUGCUCGUACUAAAUAGAAACGUCCGAUGAAGGACGCAUUAACAUUUUACCUGUUUCAAAAGAGUGAUCGCGUCGGUUCCUAAAAGGCUUAUUUAACUGCACCGACACCUGCGCGCUCGUGACGCUCCGGAGCGUGUGGGCGGUGCACGGGGCUGUGGGAGGGGGCCGUCCGUGUGCACGCUCACUCGCUGCUGGCAUUGUCAUGGAAACUGGACCACCGCCUCGCCAUUGUCUCGCGCUCUGCCAAGUUUAUUAUAAACACCGCGCGAGCCGCAGCGCCCUGUCAAACGGGAGCGCGAGCGCAGAGCGAGCUGCAGCGCUGGGAGGAGACGCGAGGAGAGUGACACAGAGACAGAGGCGCAGCCCGGAGAAAGAGACGCCGUAGAAGCGAGCGUCUGGAUUAUUUGACUUAAACGCGCCGCGUGCGGGUGAGAUUUAAAGCGCACAGCCGUCAGGAGUUUUGGAGAGACGCGGCCCGUGGAGAUACUGGAGACGGUUCGACCAGCGAUCUGAGCCUCCCUGACGUCGCUCUGAGCCAGAGUUCGGCCCGCCGCGCCUACAGACCGGUGUGUUCACCGGCUCACCUCCAUGUAUAAGAUGGAUUACUCCUACCUGAACUCCUAUGACUCCUGCAUGGCGGCCAUGGAAGCGUCGGCCUACGCGGACUUCAGCUCGUGCAGCCAGGCCAGCUCCUUCCAGUACAACCCGAUCCGCAGCGGACCCUUCUCCAACCCGGGCUGCACUCCGCUCAGCACGGCCAGCUGCACCCUGGGCGCCCUGAGGGAGCACCAGCCCACCCCCUACUCGUCAGUUCCUUACAAAUUCUUCUCGGACCCCUCCGGCCUGAACGAGAAGCGGAAGCAGCGGCGCAUCAGGACCACGUUCACCAGCUCCCAGUUGAAGGAGCUGGAGCGAGUGUUCGCCGAGACGCACUACCCGGACAUCUACACCCGGGAGGAGCUGGCCCUGAAGAUAGACCUGACGGAGGCCCGAGUUCAGGUGUGGUUCCAGAACCGACGCGCCAAGUUCCGCAAGCAGGAGCGCGCGGCCAACGCCAAGGCGAACGGCUCCGGCGGCAACGCGGGCAGCAACGGCGGCGGCGGCGGCGGCUCCGCGGGGAAAAAGGCCGGCGAACCGCGGUCCUCCUCGGACGACGACGAGUCCAAAGAGUCCACCUGCAGCCCCACGCCCGACAGCACGGCCUCGCUGCCCGGCUCGGCGGGGGGAAACCUGGGCAGCCCCGCCAGCCUGAGCCCCAGUCCGGCUCCGGCCGGCGGCGGCUACGUCAACGCCUCCAGCUCCCCGGUGCUGCAGGGCCUGAAGCCGCCCAGCUGGUCCAGCCUGGGGCCGUCCAACCCGGCGGUGGCCCAGCCCGCCAGCCAGACUCAGGAGAUUCUGAAGGCCUGGCAGCCGGCGGACAGUAUGAGCGGGCCUUUCGCCGGGGUCCUGUCCUCCUUCCACAGAAAACCCAACCCCGCCAUCAAGACGAACCUGUUCUGAAGCACAGGGGGGGGGGGGGGGGGGCACGGACGCUGCGUGGGCCACUGGGACGCUGCUCUGAGUCAGAACCUGAGGCACCGCUGCAGCUCGGCGAGGCCGCGGUUCGUCUCCUGAUAAAAGCUCAGAUAUUGAAGAUUCUUCAGCAAAAGGUCUGGUCGUCGCGUCUUUCCCCGAACUUUUAUGCAAUCAUUCACGUCACACCUGCGAACUUGACCCACGCGCUCCAGGCGGAGCUGCUCACCCGGUUAAAUCACCCACUGUUCCUCCUUCAGACGCGACGAAAACACGGUGGCUCCACUUAGUGACACUCCCUUGUAUCCUGUGUGUCCAGCUCCCAUUCCCACACUGGGCAGCGGCCCUGAUGAGCGUGGCGGUCGGGUACGGGUUUAAAGCAGAAAGCUAAAUAUCACGCGUCCAUCUCUGCUGGGGAAACAGAACAAACACGCUUUAACCCUCAAGCACAACUUCCUCCGACGCACCGAGUCCCACCACGAGGACCACCCUGAAAUCCAAUUACAGCAGCUGGGUCCAGACCAGACACCUCCCAGUUCAAUGCACCCCCUCCCUCUUCUUUACUGUAUUAAGUCCUGACUACCCCACUGGCAUCCUCAAUGUGCCCCCCCCCCCCUCCCUUCCUCUAACUAACAGUGGGCACUUUGUUAAAAUUCAAGAAGGGAGAGUUUGAGGCGUUUGUCCCCGUCUCCAGCUCACGUCGGCUGCUUUUCUCCUUCUCUCCUCUGGCUGUGGAGAGGCGGAGAGCGUCGGCCUACCACACACUUGGACUGAGUGUAGUCGCGGCUGAACGUCGAUCUCACCGGCUGCAGGCCGUCCGGAGGAGCGCCCCGCCCGAAGCGAAUCACGCGCUCCCACUCGGACUCGCAGCUUCCUCUACGACUCCCAGUGCCGCGAACGGGACGAUGUUUCAUGUUGAUGUGAUGCAAGCCGGUCAAACACUGGCAAUACACCGAGAUGGAGUUUUCUACUGUACGUCCUGAUUCUGUUCAGUUCGCGAAAAGACUAUAAAGCCAGCUGCUUCUUCUUCCUUUGACAUUGCUCGUGUAACAUGUUUCAUUUUGUUCUACAGGAAUCUACUAAAAAAAAACGAAAAAAAAAAAAACAUGUAUUUAUUAAUAUUUUUUAUGUCUGUGAAAAUCCCUCACGUUUCCUUGAAAUGCCCAAUGAAAUUUUGUGACUGUAAAUUCUGUAAUUAGUAAUAUAAAUAUUAGGUAGCCUUUUGUUUAUUUCUCUCACGUUGCUUUACAGAAUGAUUUCAUUGCAGAGCAUCUGUCUUACACAUCGACGUGUCCAUGAAUCUGUGACUCGACAGACGCUCUAGUGAAUGAAAAGUUAUAGCACUACUCUGAAUAUUCUAAUAAAUCUACAUUAUGGAAGCACUA